UUAGCAAAAUUAAAAAUGGAAGCAGAUAGUUGGCAGAACCUCCCCUUGCGUACAGUACUGUAUGAAUGGCUUGCUAAAAAUAUUAAUUUAGAGGCACCAUCACGGUGUGCAACUAUUAUCGGUUAUAUUGGUAUUGCUUUAAUCGUCUGGUACUUAAUUCUCUGGGUGGCACGUGUGAUUUUGUCUAUUGUUUGGCCAUUAGUGCUGGUUGCUACAGCAGUGGUCUUGUUGCGUAUGAUUCGUGAUGGAGAAUCAGAAAAUCUUAAGGAAGCAAUACUACAUUAUAUAGAGUUAAUUGCACGUUUUGUGAACGCUAGGCAAUUUAUAAGUUUUCUAUAUGACUUACUCCGAGCGCUGUUUGAAUGACGAAACCAUUGUAAUAAUAAAAAUUUCAAAUGUAUAAAAAUCAAAAUCAUUAUAGCCAUGGAAAAAACUGUAACCUGAAUAUCCAAUUUUGUUCGAAUAAUAAAAAACAAAAUUAAUAUAAAAUAGUAACUACACUAAAAUUGCUAUUGUAUAAAAUCAAAAUUGCUACG